CGUUUAUUCAAGGCUUGUACGGAACUCGGAUUCUUCUUGCUUAGCCUCAAUGGCGAUGAUGGAGGAGAAAAACUGUUGACCGACCUUGAGAACAUGUUCCGCAUCGAAGAAGAACUCUUUGAUUUGCCCGACGAAGAAGAACUCUUUGAUUUGCCCGACGAAGAAAAGACAUUGAACAAUCUCAUUCCUCCUCACAAACUUCUCGGGUAGGCUUUUUAUCAUUUCCUGAUAUGCAUUCCCCUAAUUUGCUGCGUGAGACUUUUGCUAAUUACGAUACCUCAGAUACAAUGCUGUUGGUGUUAUGAAAACAGAAACAGGCCAGCCUGACAAGUGCGAGUUUUUCCAUGUCAGUCGAGAUGAAAUGCUCGGAAUUGAGCCAGCUGGCGAGAAUCCACAAGUCAUCCGGGAGAAUCAAGACAAGAUCGUUUCCUAUCUCGAUCACAUUAAUCCUAUUGUGCAAAUACUGCUUACAUCCCUGGAUAAACAGCUCCAUCUGACCUCAGGCACAUUAUCAUCCCUACAGAGUGUGCAACAACCUUCUGGGAUAAUUAUUCGCAUGAUUCGGUAUCCCUCCCAAACCAACUAUGACCGCCGUUCAGCACUCCUACCACAUACAGAUUACGGAACCCUGACAAUUCUCGCUAGAGUCUUACGAGGUCUUCAGAUUCUCCCACAUGGAGCGUCGGAAUGGCAAUACGUUGAACCAAAACCAGGCUGUGUUGUUGUGAAUGUUGGUGAUGCAUUGUUUGAGUGGACGGGUGGUGUACUUCGCUCUAACUUGCACCGUGCAACGGUUCCCCCUGGAAUG